GCCUUCACACCUUCAAUUUGACAAAAACAAAAACUUCGAGCAGUAGAGCUUUCCGACGGCCUCCCUAUCUCCCCGCCGUAGGGGUUGGGCGGCCCGCGGUGCUCCACCACUACCUCCAUGUCAAACCCCACCACCCCACCUCUACCACCUCAGCCGUCACAGCAUCCACCCUCCUCCCCGCCGCCGCCUCAUGUAGCUUCCUCUCUUUGCAAACAGAAUUCUUGGUCCCCCGACUCCUACCGCGACGAGGCGUGGCUGCGGCGUAAGGACCGACGUAACAGGCGGAGCAAGAGUGUCACCGACGAAGAUUUAGAUGAACUGAAGGCAUGCAUAGAGCUGGGAUUCGGAUUUGACUCUCCCGAAAUGGACAAGCGGCUGUCCGAUACUUUUCCGGCUUAUGGCCUUUACUAUUCAGUGAACAAACAUUACAACGAUACUAUUUCAAAGCCUCCGCCGCCACUUUCAUCCGCCACCUCCGAGUGCGAUACGUCAUCUCCACUUGGAAGCCCCCACACCAUAUUCGGCGCCGGGGAUAAUCCACAGACGGUGAAGACAAGGUUGAGGCAAUGGGCACAAGUGGUUGCUUGUUCAGUGCGUCAAUCUCCAAGUUGAGGAAGCAAAAAAGUGUUUCAAAAUUAAUCUGUUUAAGCAAAAGCAAAAAAUAAUAAUUAAUUAUAAGUAAGUAACCGAAGACCGACCAACCAUUGAUAUUAUGAAGUGAUAUAAUUUGCAAACCCCACCCCAACAACUACGUAAUUUUUAAACAUGACCAAAGUGGGAAAAUGACUUGGAUUUCUUAGGGUUUGUUGACUUUUUGUCUGAUUGUUAACAUUGUAUGGUGUUUGCUCAAGCUUAUGUGAAAUUGCUUUUCUAUUUUUAUU